GAGAAGAAUUUUAUGAAGCUUCCCCCUACGAGCCGGUCACCUCUCGUCUCUCUGAUAUAUUCAGACUUGCUUCAAUUUUCUCAGGAAUGGACCCUGCAGCCAACUCCAAAAGCAACCACUGCCUCGACGCAGCCAAAGCCUGCAACCUGAACGACAACUGCAAACGCCUGCGCUCGGGCUACAUCUCCACCUGCAGCAAAGAGGUCUCGGCCACCGAGCACUGCAGCCGAAGGAAAUGCCACAAAGCCCUCCGCCAAUUCUUCGACCGCGUCCCCAGCGAGUACACCUAUCGCCUCCUCUUCUGCUCCUGCAAGGACCAGGCUUGUGCCGAGCGUCGGCGACAAACCAUCGUCCCCUCCUGCUCCUACGAGGAUAAGGAGAAGCCCAACUGCUUGGAUCUGCGGAACACGUGCCGGACGGAUCACCUCUGCCGGUCCCGGCUGGCCGAUUUCCACGCCAACUGCCAAGCUUCCUUCCAGUCCCUGACGAGCUGUCCCGGGGACAACUACCAGGCGUGCCUGGGCUCCUACGCCGGGCUCAUCGGCUUCGACAUGACACCCAACUACAUCGAUGCCAGUACCACCAGCAUCACCAUCUCGCCCUGGUGCUCCUGCAAAGGCAGCGGCAACAUGGAGGAGGAAUGUGAGAAGUUCCUUCGAGACUUCACGGAAAACCCUUGUCUCCGAAACGCCAUCCAAGCCUUCGGCAACGGCACCGACGUGAACCUCUCCCCCAAGAACCCCUCGCCCCCCGUCACCCUACCACCGAAGGCGGAGAAGAGCCCUGCCUUGCCGGAUGACAUCAAUGACAGCAACACCAUGUACGACACGAGCAUCAUCACCACCUGCACCUCCAUCCAGGAGCAAGGACUGAAGCUAAACAAGUCCAAAGAGCAGAGCCUGUGCUACUCAGAGCUGAGCACCCACCUCUGCCUGGGUGCCUGUCCGGCCAAGCAUCCCGGGGGGGGGGCGAACGGGGGCCCUUCAGCUGCGAAAACGCAGGGAUUUGG